AUGUCGGAACCGAGUAGCACGGUUUAUUGCCGUAAUCUUGAGGAAUCCGUUAAAAUCCCGGUCCUAACUGCCACACUCGAAACCCUAUUCUCGCAAUAUGGCACAAUCCUUGAAAUCAUCGCGAAGAAGAACUUAAGAGCGAGAGGGCAGGCAUUUGUAGUAUUUGAUAGCCCGGAAGCAGCAGAGAGAGCGAUUAAAGAAGUCCAAGGUUUCAACUUAUUCGAGAAACCAAUGGUAUUACAGUAUGCAAAGACAAAGAGCGACGCAACAGUACAGUUGGAGAGCUCGGAGACAGAGUUUGAAGCCCAUAAGCGGAGGAGACUAGCAGAGAAGGAACGGAAACAAGCACUCCGGGCCGCGGAAGCCCAGAAGCAUCUAAAGCGACCUGCAGCAUCCGGUCCCUCACAAGGUAUUGGUGCCGAUUCGCGUCCAGCAAAGAAAACUCAGAUAUCGGCACCAUCCGCACCAGGAGGCCUCAAGUCAACAGCUGCUCCAGCUGCUCCACAAAUUCCCGACGAAUACUUACCACCAAACAAGAUUCUCUUCUUACAAAACUUGCCCGACAAUGCUACAUCGGAUAUUCUGAAUGGGAUCUUUGGCAGUUUCGAAGGAUUCAAAGAAGUCAGAUUGGUGCCUGGUAGAAAGGGUAUUGCUUUCGUGGAAUACGAGAAUGAGGCUGGUGCUAUCAGCGCGAAAGAGAAUACACAGGGAAUGUCGUUAGGGCCAGAUGGCAGUGGCAUCGUCAAAGUUACUUACCAGAGGCAGUAG